AUUUCCAUCUCUAUCCACCCGCUUACUAAUUAAAAGAGAGAGUGGCUUUUAUGUUAAAAUUCCUGCAAGUUCUUUACCGUUCGCUCCGCCUUUUUUUUUUAAAGUUCUACCUUCUUUCUCUCUCUCUCUCUCCCACCCCUACCAACAACAAAGAUAUCUACCCAAUAAUGUCGGCUGCUCAUCGUUCUGCCGAAACCGCCCUUGUUCUAAAUCAAAAGUUGGACGAAUCCGUUGCAGCACAACUCUCGACCACCAUUACCGAAUGUGUACAAGCCCUUCUCGAUGGUCAAUAUACCAAGGUUUUACGCGAACAUAGUCCAAUUUUUGACAGCAACAGUAACAACAGUGAGGCACAACAAGAAUUACUCGCCACUGGUAACAUUGAAGCAUACAUUGACCAACAACUCCAACGCCUCAACGACGACGACAAUGACACCCAAUUCAUUAUUUUGGCUACCGGUAUUGCGUGUUUGAACGCGUUUGUACAAACCAACUGGACCGGCCCUCUCUUGGACUGGUCUGUCAGCGAACUGCUCACUGGCCAAAAAAAGGAUGCACAACUCGAACAAAAGAUCCAUGACCACUGUCUCGAAAGCUUGUCCGCCGAUAGUGAACAAGUGUAUCAUUUGACGCAACGACUUGGUUUGCUUGCGGCAGCACGACGUAUUCUUUUGCAUUUGCGCGACAAGAACAACAAAAACUCGGCUCCGCUUACUACUACAGCAUCAUUUUGGGCCAUGCGCGCCGUGUUUAUCCAACAACAGCUUUUGGAUGAAUUUACAGCCUCGUUGCAAAAUCUAUUGCUUGAACUUGCACAAGAAUGCCACUUUGAAGAAAAUGACGACUUGUGCAUACGACUUGAGUUGGAAUUGGGGUUGAUCUACAGCUACUACGGCCAGGACAAGGAAGCGUUUGAAAAUAUAAAAAAGGCACAAGAAACAUCUGGGUUCCAGUGGUCGUUAUCGGGUGCUCUUGGUCGCCGCACCAAACAUCAAACCUUUGAUGUGAGCCAAUUGGUGCUUUUGGCAGAAAGCAAGGAACAAGACAGUAAGGAGAACAAAGAAGGAAAAGAAGAAAAGUUACGACCCGAGACUGUUGAAUUACAAGACGACACCUUGCUGGAUCAAGUCGCAUUUGCAAAGACGGACAAGAACGACCAAGAAGCAGACAAGCGUCAUGGCAACUUGCGCGUGAUUGACCAGUGUCUUUUGCUGGCGUUCUGCCUGAAUGUGAAAAACACAAACCCAGAUCACGGUUUGACGGCAACGGAAAUGACGCCGUAUGUCACUCGUGUGCUCGAGAAUGCCAACAACUGGAUGGUCCACACGAUGGGUUUGUUGCACAAGACCCGGUUGGAGGCACACAAGUCGCGUACGGUCGAGCGCUCUGCACUGCAGUUGCAAGCAUUGGUGGAUCAGAUCAAGGUGGAAGACUCGGGCGUGGACGAACGUAUGGCCUAUUUCUACGACUUGCUGCUGCCUAGCAAAUGGGAGAUGGAACGUGAACUGGCCAAGCGAUUCGUGUCUCUCGGUGUCUUGCGAUCCGCAUUGGAUAUCUUUGAACGUCUGGAGAUGUGGGAAGAAGUUGUCUCGUGCUACCAGAUGCUGGAGCAGCCGACCAAGGCCAAGGAAGUGUUGUCGCGCCUGAUGGACGAGAGCCCCAAUUCGCCCAAACUGUGGUGUAUUCUCGGCGACGUGGAGCAAAACCCAGACCAUUGGCGCAAGGCAUGGGAGGUCUCUGGCCAUCGCUUCGCGCGUGCGAUGCGGAGUCUUGGAGCACACCUGUAUCGUCAGCAAGACUUUGACGGUUGCAUUGACUGCUACCAGAAAGCACUGGCGAUCAACCCCUUGUUUGAGGGAUCCUGGUAUGUCCUCGGCUGUGCAGGCAUGCAAGCCGAGCAAUGGGAGGUGUCGAUGCGAGCGUUCCAACGCGUGGUGGCGCUGGACAACGAGCAAGCCGAGGCAUGGAACAACCUGUCGAGCAUCUACGUGCAGAUGGACCGCAAGCCGGAUGCGUUCUUGGCACUCAAACAAGCAACGAAGCUCAAGUUUGACAACUGGCGGAUGUGGCAGAAUCUCCUCAUUGUUGCAGCUGAUGUGGGUCAAUUUGCGGAUGCGAUCUGGGCCAUGCAGCGCAUUGUGGAACUCCGCUGGGACAAGGCCAGAGACGACUGUGUGGACAGCCAAGUGUUGCAGAUGCUGGUCGAUAAUGUCAUUCUCAACUGGAAGGAUGCCUUUGACCGGGACGGCGUGCGUCUGCAACGACAGGUUCAGCGGCUGCUGGAGGAAGUCAUUUUGAGUCGUAUCACCAACUCGCCCGAGAUCUGGCGGAUUUGUGCCAAGUUUUAUCUUUUCCAGAAGCGGUACUCGGAUGCGCUGGAAGCCAGCGUCAAGGGUUACCGGGCCGUCAUGCAUGAUGCACGGAUAGAAACGGACCAGGAGGUGUUUGAGCGCGUGGCUUCAGUCGCCAUGGAGACGGUGGACAUGUAUGAAAGCAUUGGCGAUCAAGAGCAAGACAACGCGCCGGUGUGUGCCGACUGGAAGUACCAGGCACGUCUGAUUCUCAAGGGAUUGAUGGGCAGAACUCGCGAGGCGUUUGAAGACACAGAAGCAUACGAGCGAUUAAAGGAUCGUCUUGAUGAUUUCAAGCGGGCUUGAAAAGAAAAGAGCGACGAUUGCUUAUAUACACGCAUACUCACAUAGCACAACACAACGCAACACAAACACAACACAACAAACAUUUCAUUCUUUCCCAAAAAGUUUCUUUUUUUUUUCUGUAAAUAAUAAUGAUGUUAAUAACAAUGAUAUGUAAUG